CACUCGAGUGACAGUAGUCGACUUGUAAACAACGCGCGGAAGUUAUUGCAUAACGAAUAUUGAAAGUUUUCGUGACGUUUGGAUUAAAUGUCAUUCGACCCGGACAUAUGCGAAAAAAAUUAUUGGAGGAAUUGAAGUAGACGUAAACAAAACAAUGGAAAAAUUACCGAGUGUUAAGCCACCAGGCCAACCACCCAAGAUUUGGAAAUCAAUCGAAAAAAUAACCAAUGAUAGGAAAUCAACGAAAUUUACGAUUCAGGAAAUUCCUGAAGAUAGAUAUGAAGAUGCAGUUCAACAUAUGUGCACGUAUUUUUUGGCUGAUGAACCGACUUGUCAAUGUUUGAAUGCGAAAGAUGAUCCUAUAUUUGUACAAGAUGUAAGUGCAAUAUGGCGCCUAUUACUCACAGAAGGCAUAUCCAUAGCUGCCUUUACCGAAAAUCCCAAUGGCGGGAAACCUAUAAUCGCUGGUAUGAAUGCCUUGGGUGUUGAUUUCAAAAACCAUAAAAAUAAUCUUUCAGAGUAUGAGUUUAAAUCAUUAAACUGCAAAAAUUUAUUCGCAAUCAUAUCUGAUGCAACAAAAAUAGUAUAUGAACAUUAUGGAGUAGACAAGUAUUUGAAUGCUAUCGGACUUAGUGUAGACCCCGUUUAUCGAGGAUAUGGCCUAGGAAAAGAUAUUCUAAAAAUAAGGGAUCUCAUUGGCCAUGAGUACAAUAUUCCGGUGACAUGCACAGCGUUCACAUCAAUAAUCUCACAAAAAUCAGCGAAAAGUGCAGGAUUCGAACUAUUGACAACACAAGAUUUUAUCGACAUAGUGGAUGAAAAUGGAAAGCAAUACUUUCCCGGUAUUAACUCUAAGACGCUUGAAGUUUUGGGAAAAAGAUUAUCUGACAGCGCGGAGUCGCGGGUGGAAUUCGCCCUCAACAGCAAGAGGAGGAAAAUCUUUAAGGAAACCGCUGUCUUGGACCGAGAUAACAGAACCUGGUCGGCGCUACUCUCCGAGGACGGAGAACAAACGAUCGCUGAAAAGAACACCGCCGAUAGUCGGAUCGCCGAAAUACAGAUUUUUAAAUUAUUCGGGGCGAUUCUGGCCCUCGAUACGGGGUUGUCGCGGCGCGAACCCGCGCAUCCCUGCGCAGGAUGGACACCGCUAUCGAUCCUGGAUCGCGAGAUCCAGGGAGACACUCUGGUGUGGGCACUCAUAACAUAUAGUCGCUUUGUUUCGUUGUCGUUGAUUCGAAUGUUGAAAAUUUUCCGUUUUCGUGACGUUUGGAUAAAAUGCCGUUCGACACGGACAUUUGCGAAAAAAAUAAUUGGAGGAAUUGAAGUGGAUGUAAACAAAACAAUGGAAAAAUUACCGAGUGUUAAGCCACCAGGCCAACCAUCCAAGAUUUGGAGAUCAAUCGAAAAAGUAACCAAUGAUGGCAAAUCAACGAAAUUUACAAUUCAGGAAAUUCCUGAAGAUAGAUAUGAAGAUGCAGUUAAACAUAUGUGCACGUAUUUUUUGGCUGAUGAACCGACUUGUCAAUGUUUGAAUGCGAAAGAUGAUCCUAUAUUUGUACAAGAUGUAAGUGCAAUAUGGCGCCUAUUACUCACAGAAGGCAUAUCCAUAGCUGCCUUUACCGAAAAUCCCAAUGGUGGGAAACCUAUAAUCGCUGGUAUGAAUGCCUUAGGUGUUGAUUUCAAAAACCAUAAAAAUGAUCUUUCAGAGUAUAAGAUGAAAUCAUUAAAUUGCAAAAAUACAUUCGCAAUCAUAUCUGAUGCAACUAAAAUAAUAUACGACCAUUAUGGAGUAGACAAGUAUUUGUAUGCUAUCGGACUUAGUGUAGACCCCGCUUAUCGAGGAUAUGGCUUAGGAAAAGAUAUUCUAAAAAUAAGGGAUCUCAUUGGCCGUGAGUACAAUAUUCCGGCGACAUGCACAGUGUUCACAUCAAUAAUCUCACAAAAAUCAGCGAAAGGUGCAGGAUUCGAACUAUUGGCAACACAAGAUUUUAUCGACAUAGUGGAUGAAAAUGGAAAGCAAUACUUUCCCGGCAUUAACUCUAAGACGCUUGAAGUUUUGGGAAAAAGAUUAUCUUAAUUAAUUCCGCGCUUUCAAGAUAAUCCACAAUUACAUGGAAUUAUACAAAGUGAAUCAUUUAAUUUUCUGAAAUAAACUAUAUAAUUAUUAUAAAUUUAUGAGCCGUUUAAUAUUCUUAUAAU